AUGUGUCGAUUUAUGGUCUACAAGGGCAAGGAGCCCAUUCUCCUUUCCACUCUGAUUCUCGACCCGGCUCACUCCAUUCUUACGCAAUCCUACGACUCACGACUUCGUUUGGACACGCGCCGUCCUCACAAUGGCGAUGGCUUCGGUGUUGGCUACUACACUCCACCCUCGUUACUACCUUUGCUCGGUCCUGAUCCAUGCAUCUUCACCUCGACCAUUCCUGCCUGGAACUGCAACAACCUCACCCGUCUAGCCAGCAAGACCGUCUCACCACUCAUUUUCGCUCACGUCCGUGCCAGUACCGAGGGUGCUCUGGCUGAAAGCAACUGCCAUCCUUUCAGCCGCGGAUGCUUGAUGUUCAUGCACAACGGAGGAGUUGGAGGUUGGAACGCUGGUGUCAAGCGCAAGUUGGUCAGCGAUGUUGGCGACCGCUGGUUUGGAGGCGUCACAGGCAGCACCGAUUCUGAGUGGUGCUUUGCUCUAUUCCUCGACAGUCUAGAGAGGCUGGGUUAUGAUCCAGACAACAAGGAAGCCCAGACAAAUGGUUUUGGACACAGUGUCUUGCGCAAGGCCAUCCUCAAAACCAUCGAGCGCAUCAACGGCUACAUUCGCGAACUUCCCGAAGACGUUCGAAAAGGCGACACGCGCAGUCUGCUCAACUUUGCUGUUACCGACGGCAAGAGUGUCGUCUGCACCCGUUAUGUCAGCAGCACUACCGAUGAAGCUGCCAGCUUGUUCUUCAGCUCCGGUACCAGCUGGAAAAAGCAGAACGGCCUUUCUGCCGAAAAGGCCGACUACACUAUGGAACGACGUGACAGAGGAGCCGACAUUGUUCUUGUAGCCAGUGAACCUCUGACUUUCGAGCGUGACAACUGGGUCACAGUUCCGACCAACAGCACCGUCACUAUUCACAAUCAGACCGUCCUUAUUCAUCCCAUCAUCGAUGACUUCUACAACCCCUCACCCAGCUUCAAACGCAGUUCGAAGUUUGCAGAGACUAAGGGUCAAACCACUACAGAAAUGGCAAAGGCUACAAUUGAAUCGCCUUCCGAGAGCCUCAUUCAGGCCGCUGCUUGA